AUGAUGGCAGCUGCGCUGGCGGUGGCAGUGCAUGGUCGGAGGCGGCCACAAGCGGGACUGACCCGAUACAGUGAUUUCCAAAAACCUGUCCCAAACUUUUUACCUCGCAAGACGACCAGGACUGCCGUGGGCCCCUCUUCGAUCAAGAGCGUGCGAUCGGAGGCUUGUCACGAUCCGAGUCAAGACGAGAGGAGGGCAGUGCCCAGGUCAGCGACGGUGGUACUUGCAAUGAGUGGGAGGGGUGAACUCACGGUGGCUGAUGUUACACUACUGCCGACUUCCACCACCUACCGCCUCGGUGCUGCGUCGAUGCGCUAGUCGGUUACGGCCCAGUGGUGGAGGAGCCAUGUGAGAGGAGUUAAAUUUGGUGCUUCGCGAUCUUUGGCCCAGGGAGACGAGAACACGAACUUCAGUCAACGGUCGAUAGCAGAGUCAGUGAUUGGUGAGGCGAGAUACCGAUUAAUUCCCUCCGUCAAGCAUCGGGUGGUUCGAGUCAUCGACCUCGAGAUCUCACUUCCGAUCAUCAUGAAGUAGUCCGAAUCUCUGCUGGCGAGGGCGGUACGGUCGCCUUGAACGCGUACGCCGCCGAUGACCCCGAGUCGGGUGCUUGCCGCGAUCAGGGGGUCGGCUUCGUGCGCCGAGAUGACGACGGGAUCAGCAGCGACCCGAGCAGCUUAGUCAACAUCCACUACCCACUCGCCAAGUCGGGCGGAUUCCCUCGGAAGGCCGAGGCGUCGUAA